AGUAAAUUAUACUUCCUUGUAGGCGACAGACAACUGUAUGCAGUUGCUCCAUGUACGCAGUGGGUGUCGGAUAUGUUGUUGACAUGGCUGUUCGUCUGUUGGGGAGCUGUCAUAUGCCGGGGAAUACAAACGGAUCAGAUAAGUGUCGGCGAUGCAACAAGCAACUGGUGGGAUGCUCACAGCCGUUGCAGUCACAAAGAAGGCAGCAUGUACACGCCUGGGUCAGAUGACAUUCAAACAGACAUUCUGGGGCAUCUACAGCCUGACACAUAUUACUGGAUAGGCGCCAUGACCUACUUAGCCUGGAUAUGGACAGUAGACGGCAGUCCACUGUACAGGUAUGCUGGCUUCCUUCCACUGGGCGAUGUGACAUAUACAUGGACAGUGGACUAUCUUGAUAACUCGGUAUGGAAAUGCCAUCUUUACUGCAGCUCAUACUCUUCAAUGGGCAUGCAGGGAAACACGUGUUACUGUCUAAAUGAAGGGUAUGGAACUGUAGGUUCAAGCACAACUGAAAACAGGUGUCGAGGAAACAUUGACGAACUGUGUGGCAACGUAGAUGGAAUGUCCGUCUAUAAACUAGAAAACAUUAGAUUUACACAACAACAAAGUGGAAAAUGUGCGUACGUGGUGAGAAAUUAUGCGGACCUGACUACCUACUCCAGCAGUUAUGGAGAUUGCGACAGUAAAACUAGAAGAUAUGCCUGCUAUGUAGAUGACUUGGGUCAUGAUGAAUGUGGUGGUUCUGGUUGCGUUUCACUGAGAUUAAGACACAAGAAAAAAUGGUAUGGCGCCAGCACUGACUGCUCCUUGGUUAAACUUAAUGCUCCUGUUCAGAAUAAUCUUCUGACGAUCAUGCCGAUUAACAAGAAAUACUGGAUCGGUUUGUAUAAACUUGUACACAGGAAAUGGUUACAUGGACAAAGGGCUCUGAUAUACGAUGGCUACAUGCACUUUCCUGAUACAGACACAGACACUCUGUGUCUUACUAUAUACAGACUGAACAACGGAAGCACACGCUUAUACUGGAUAGCAUGCGACUUAGACCAAAGAUGGAUAUGCGAAAAUGUUAAAGAAAGUAUAACUUCCACAAAAAUGACGCCAACGUCAUCAUCAAGUCACCCUUCAUCAGCAUCCACUCUGUCCGAAGAUGUUUCGACUGUGCCGGGUAACCACUCUAGUAACAGGUCAUCGCCAGCAGAUGCAGGUGGUUACAUAGGACUUGGUGUUGGGAGCGUGGUCCUUGUUGUUCUGGCAGUCCUUAUUGUCGUCUUCCUGCUGAGAAGGCAAGAGAAGCUCUGUUUUGAGAGAAGAGAUGGGAAUCAACCAAUUCACUUUACUUCUGGCGCAGAAAACACCACCUAUGGAUUAGCCGUUCAGGCAGGAAAUGAAGCAUAUUCAGUCAUAACACCUCCUGACAUAGAUAGAACAUCCACGUCAUCCACGGUUCCAACGGCGAUAGUCCGACCCAAUGCUCACAAUGACAACAUCUACAUCAACACCUCUCAGAUUAAUGAUGAAGAUGAGUACAGUGUGUUGUCAGAAUCCGACAACUCCAAGAAGGUUAUGCCACACGGGAAUCCCUACAAUCACCUCUCGGGACCUGACAGAGGUAACAAGUCCAAAGGAGACUACGACACUGCAAACUGUGUUCCACAGGCAGGAGAGGCGACCACUGGGAUGAAACACAUGGCCGCAGAUACACGACUCUCUGAUGCAGCGAGUGGUCAGAACUUAGAGGAGGGUCAGUACAAUGUGCUCGGUCAGCACGACUCUCCCAGAACAGCUGAUGCCGAUGCGGGGGUGUAUGACCACGUGGCAGCGGACGAGGGGGAUUAUGACACUGCACUGCAGGGUAAGAAUCCCAGCAAAGUGGAUGAUACUUACAGUCACAUUCAGAGGACAAACACAGAAUGUGAAGAGGAUGCUUAUGAUGUUGCAAGUAAACGGCAACCAGAAGGAUGUUCUGAUGACACUUACGACCACGCCACUAAGAUCGAUGAGGAAGACAGAGACACGGCCGACUACUACAACACAAAGUGUCUUCUUCAAGACGAUGGGAAUCUUGAUGGCCAUCCCGGAGGUGAUGAUCGGUCUGAUGAAAAUGAUCAAGAAAACGUUUACAGUCUUGCCAAGGACAUUUCUUAUGCCUAAGUAUUGACAAAAUAUAGAAAUGUAAUUAUGUAGCACUUGUACACAAUUUAUACUCUUUACUAAACACCAGUUAGCUCUUAUUGAUUGGUGUAAUGGCUCCGUUUUGACAACCUAUUAUGUGCACAUAUGAAUCUGAUUCUUUAAGAUUUAUUUGUUCCUGGUGUGUUAUGAUAUUUGAUGGCAGCUUAUGUCUUGAUAACUGAGAAUAAUGCAUGAUUUGUAAUAUGAUUGGACAUCGAUAAGUGUUAUAUGAUUUUCCUCCUUGCAGGAAUAGUUCCUUUUCAAUUUCAUGAUAUACAAUAUACAGUAAACUACGAUUAUAACGAACUCAAAGGGACCACUAAUUUUAGUUCGUAAUAAUCGUAGUUCGUUAUAAGCGUAUAUACAGCAUAUGUACAACAACCGGCUGAGACUAAACAAUAAGUUCGCUAUAUCGGCCAGUUCGUUAUAAGCGUGUUCGUUACAAACGUAGUUUACUCUAUUUCAUUUUUUGAAUGCACAAAUAAACGUUUUUAAAUUGAAA